GAUCCGCUUAAACUACACUCUAGCUCCUCCCGCUGCCGAUUUCGGUACUGGGGACGUGGCGAGGCCAAGUCUGCAGAGGAAAAGCAGGUACUUCGCCCCGAGUCCCGGGUGCCGCUCAUCCCCCAAACACAGUCGCCGCCAUUGUCUCCUGUAGUGUCCAUCUGACUGCCUGUUACUGUUUCUGAAGGACACGGCAUUCUUUGAGGCAAAGAAAUGCGAAAACUGCCUCUGAUCCAAGCCGAGCAGGUCUAUCUGUAGGUCUGCUGUAGCAGUUGUCACUGCUGAAAGCAAGGAAAGGAGGAAAAAGUUACUCCUAAUCCAUGCAGGUCAUCUUCAGGGAGAGAUCUGGUGGCCUUGGAGUGGCUGAAGAGUACCACCUUCUACAGGACUGUAUGCAGAUCUACAGCUAUCCUUCCUUACUCUGAGAAGCAAAAGAGUUUGGUCAGAAACUCCAAGACUUAGCAGAGCACAGUGAUCCUGAGAACUCCACUAGCCUGGAAUUUCAGCUGUGGGUACUGCUCUGAGAGUUGGGGAUCUCCACAGUAUAAUCUGACCAGACCCUUUGGAAUUAUUCUGUGUCUCAAAUGUCCUGUGGAGCAGACAAUCAGUUCAUGGCUAUGGAAUUUUCAAACCUCAGCUAAAGAGAAGGAAAAGAAAAACAUAAAAUGGGAGAGUUCCACUUCCCAUGGUGGUAACUCAUUUUAUGCAAUCCAGACCAAGUUCCAAAGGAACAACUAGAAAACUUACGGAAUUCACAGAACUACCUAUGAAGAAUUACAGGGCCAAGUUCUGGAAUAAAGAAAUUAGUAGGUCUGCUUUAGGUCUGGUCAGUUCUGCAAGGAAAGAAAGGAGGGGGACACCGGCUCAGAUCUCUGGAGGAUCACCUGCAAGUCUUCUGAAGAGCUUGACACUGCUGGAGUCCAGGAAGGGAGGGGGAAAUUGUACCAGAUCAGUGCAGAUCCACCAACGUUGGCAGCUCUGGUGGUGGAGUUGCUGCUGACCACCACCUUCAGCAGGUCUGUGCCCACCCAGGAACCAUCCAUCCUCCCCAGCUUGGUUGUGCCUCUUCUGCGCUCUCUAUUAUUGGCAGAGGCUGUGGUUUGGGAACGAGGCUGAUUGACUGCUGGACUGGCAAUUGACUUUCUUGCUUCCAACUUUGUAGCCUGAAUCACUGAAAGAUUAGUGUGUGAAGAUACUAACCUGUGACAGAUCUGUGUUAAAGGCUGAGACAGGAGUUGGGUUAUAGGUCUGAUACUCCUUUGUAACUAGGACAUGACUGGGGCUGAAAUUGAGCCUGGUAGCCAGGCUAAAUCUGUUAAGACGGGAGAAGUGGUUGGGGAUGAGGCUGAGAGAGAGGUUGGUGUACCUCUGAUUGUCAGACCCAAGGUUAGGACCCAGUCCCUGGUAAUGACUGGGGUAAGACCCCAAACUGUGGCCAUGGCAAUUACUGGGGCAUGUCCUCCAUCUGAGGCCAAGACCAUCUCUGGGGCAAGGCCCAAUGAAGAAGUCCCGGCAUGGCUCCUGACUGAAUUUGGGGCUGAGGCAAUGUUGGAGACAGGGGCAGUCGACCCAUCCAAUGCUAUGGCCUGUCCACUAGUCAUUACUGAUUCUGAACCAAUUGCUAAAACUGAUGUCUUGUCUGUAGAUAAGGAUUUGGGCAAUGUGAAGGCUGAGUCCUUUCAUGGCCCCAAGAUCCAGUCUCAGGCUGGAAUCCAUCCCUGGUUUGUUUCAGGGGAGGAGACUAAUAUGAGGUCUCAAUGCUAUCCUAGACCUAGGUUCGAACAAGAAGCCUCUAAUAAUUUUGAUUUCACAUGGGUAGGUGAUUCAUCUGUGAGUUCUGGGUUCUGGAAUGGAAAAGAGUUCAGUACCAGAUUUUGUCCUUGGGAUGGGGAAAAGACCAGUAUGAGAUCCAGGCACAGAGCAAAAUACGAGGCUAAUAUUAUGUCUAGGCCCCAAACGAAGCAAAAAGUCUAUAUUGUGUCCAGUUCUGGUUCUGAGGAUGAGUCUAUUAAGAUGUCCUGGUUUGGGGCCGGAGAAAAGACCAAGUCCUGGUCUAGGCCCACAGAAGAGGCCAAUAGCAGCAGGUCCAGGUUUAGAACAAAGAAAGAAGUCUUUCUUGAGUCCAGUUCUGGAUCUGAGGGUGAGGCCCAUUUGAAGUCCUGGUUCUGGGCUGGGGAGGAAGCCAAAUCCAGGUCUAAAUCCAGAGCCAGGAAAGAAGUAAAUAUCAGGUCAAGGCACAGGGCCAAAAGAGAGACCUGCAUUGACUUCAUGAAUGGAUCUAUAGAUGUAGUCCAAACAGAGUCCUGGUUCUGGCCUGGAGAAAAAGAUAGUAACUUAUCAAGUCCCAAGAUCAAGAAAAAGACCAGGGCCAGAUCAGUGGCCAAGAAAGAAGCUAAAACCAAGGCCAGAGCAAAGGCCGAGCAAGAAGCCAGUUCUGAGGAGGAGGUCCUCAUUGGGACCUGGUUUUGGGCUACAGAAGAGGCUAGCAUGGUGUCUGGGGCCUGUGUCCAGUCCAGUCUACAGUCAGAAGAUGAGUCCAUUUUUGGGAAUUGGUUCUGGACUGGAGAGGCCAGUUCAGGGAGUGGGGUCAGCAGUAAAUCCAGACAAGAGGAAGAGACUGUUGUCACGUCCUGGUUUGGGGCAAGGGAAAAGACCAGUAUGGAAACUGGAGUUGUGGCCAACUCUGAAUUUAAACCAGCAGAUGAAGAAGAAGAGAUAAUUGUUGGUUCCUGGUUCUGGGCUGGAGAAGAAGCCAACCCAGAGGCUGAGGAAGAGACUAUUUUUGGGUCUUGGUUCUGGCUCAGUGAUGAGGCCAGUGUGGAAGCUGUUGUUGGGGCCAGCUGUGAGUCCAGCCCAAAUUCUGAUGAAGAAGGGGUCAUUGGCCCCUGGUUCUGGGCUGGAGAGUUCAGUAGAGAGGCUGGGACUGGAGAAGAGGCCAGGCCAUGGGCUGAAGAAGAGACAACAUAUAGGCCAUGGUUUGGGGCUGGAGAUAAGGUCAAUAUAGAUUCUGGGCCUGAAGCCAGCUGUGAUACCAGGACAGGGACCGAGGAGGAGGAACCCAUUUUUGGUUCCUGGUUCUGGGCCGGAGUAGAAACUAGUGUGGAUGCUGGAGUCAACAGCAAGUCCAGCUCGGAGGAUGAAGAGGUCAUUAACUCAUCUUGGUGUCAGGCCACAGAAGAGGGCACUGUGCAGUUUGGGGCUGGUGCCAGAUGCAAAUUUCUGGCAGAAGAUAAGGAGGCCAGUAAUAAAUCCUGCUUCUGGGCUUGUGAAGAUCCCUAUAUGCACCCUGCCAGUGGAGACAGCUGGAAGUUUAGGCCAAAGGAAGAAGAGGAUGCUACCAAUCCAUGGUUCUGGUCCAGAAAACAUGCAAGGUCAGAGACCAUAAUAGGAUCCUGGUUUUGGUCUGGGGAACAGGGUGGUAUAGAUGAUGGGACUGGAGAAGACACCAGGCCACUGACUGAGGAGGAAUCCAUGGUCCAGUCCUGCUUCUGGACAGAAGUACCCUUUAUAGAGGCUACAGCCAGUGAAGAGUCCAGGCCAGAGGCUGAGGAGGAGGCCACUAUUGGUUCUUGGUUCUGGGCUGGGGAAGAGGACAGGCUUGAGGCAACAGCCAAGGCUAGAGAACAGGACAGACUAGCACAUGAGAAGAAAGGUGGUGUUGGGUCCUGGUUCAGGGCCAGGGAAGAGGCCUUCAAAGGGGAUACUGGGUUUUGCAGCAAAGACAGUCCAGAAGCAGAAGAGGAGGUGGCCAUUAUUGGAUCGUGGUUCUGGGCUGAAGAAGAAGCAAGUGCAGAUGCUGGGUCUCAGGCAGAAGAGACCAGGUCAAGUACUGAGGAGGAGAUUACUUUUCCAUCCCAGUACUGGGCUGGAAAAGAAGUCAAUAUAGAAACAGGGACCUGCUGUGUGUCUAAGCAAGAGGAUGAUGAAGAGAUGAUUAUUGAGUCCUGGUUCUGGUCCAGAGACAAGACUAGUAAGGAGACUGGAACUGUGGCCACCUGUGAGUCUAGGCCAGAAAAUGAGGAAGGGACAGUUGUUGGGUCCUGGUUUGGAGUGAGAGAUGAGGCCGAUAAUGAGACUGGCAGUGGAACCAACUGUGAGUCCAGGGUGGUAGCUGAAGAGGAGGAGGCCAUAGUGGGGUCCUGGUUCUGGGAAGGAGAUGAGACACUCUUUGAAUCCAAUCCUUUGCCUGUAUUCAGAAACACUUGCAAGUCCACGUAUUCAGCGGAGCAGGAGCCUGAUCCUUCACGCAGGCCCAAGAGCUGGGAGGAGGUCACUGUUAAAUUCGAACCUGGUCCAUGGGGUAGGGUUGGCUUCCCUUCCACAAGCUUUUUUAGAUUUCCAAAAGAAGCAGCAUCUCUGUUCUCUGAAAUGUUUGGGGGAAAGCCUAAGCACAUGGAACAGAGCCCAGAAGGGGAAGAGCAGGAAUCUUUGCUUCAGUCUGAUCAGCCUGACCCUGAGUUCCCAUUUCAGUACGAUCCUUCCUAUCGCUCAGUCAGGGAGAUUCGAGAGCAUCUUAAGGCCAAGGAGAGUGCAGAGCCUGAGAGUUGGUCAUGCAGCUGCAUACAGUGUGAGCUUAGAAUUGGUUCUGAAGACUUUGAAGAACUCCUUUUAUUAAUGGAUAAAAUUCGGGAUCCUUUUAUUCAUGAAAUAUCUAAAAUUGCAAUGGGUAUGAGACGUGCUUCUCAAUUUACCCGAGAUUUCAUUCGGGAUUCAGGUGUUGUCUCACUUAUUGAAACCUUGCUCAAUUAUCCCUCUUCCCGAGUUAGGACCAGUUUUUUGGAAAAUAUGAUUCUCAUGGCUCCACCUUAUCCUAAUCUAAACAUGAUUGAGACAUACAUAUGUCAAGUGUGUGAGGAAACCCUUGCAUAUAGCUUGAAUUCCCCUGAACAGCUGUCUGGUCUGAGGAUGGUUGGACACCUCACUACUACUACUGACUAUCACACACUGGUUGCUAAGUAUAUGUCAGGCUUUCUCUCUUUAUUAGCCACAGGUAAUACAAAAACAAAAUUUCAUGUUCUUAAAAUGCUGUUGAAUUUGUCUGAAAAUCCUGUUGUGACAAAAGAACUACUCAGUGCUGAAGCAAUAUCAGAAUUUAUGGAUGUUUGUAACAGUAAAGAGAAAAAUGACAAUAUUCAAAUUGUUCUUGCAAUGUUUGAGAAUAUCGGUAACCAUAUCAAAAAAGAAGCAAUGUUGUUCAUUGAUGAUGAUUUCAAUGUUGAACCACUUAUUUCUGCAUUCCAUGAAUUUGAGGCAUUUGCUAAGGAAUUGCAAGCCAAAAUAGAUGGUCAAAAUGAUUCUGAGGCAGGCCAAGAAAAUUAGUAUGAUUAACUGCUUGCAAAUGGUUUUCCUCAGUUCCUGUAAUGGGUCUUGAAUAAUGCUUUGGUUUUUACAGUUCUCUGUUGCAAUAUACAUCUUCAAUAUUGAUACCAACUGUCCAGCUGUGUCUGAGCUGUUUCAUUUUACUGAUGCCAAAUGAGUAUUAUAAUUGAAAACACAUUUGUUGAUAUUUAUCUUGCUGUCCAGAUUGUGAUAUUUAAUAUUUGUAGUGAACUGAGUCAUCAUAAGUAAGCUAUCCUUCUGCAUGUUGUUCUAAUGUAUAGUUAUCUGUUUGAGUCUUGUUUGUGUUUUCAAUAAAGUUGUGUUAAAGGUA